AUGACCUACUCAUCCGACGUCUACGGUCGGCUCGGCACCGAGCUUGAGAUCUACGACUCUUUACUGUCGGCUACAAACACGCCAGCAGAGAAAGCCGAAGACGCCGGCGUCAAGGUCGCCUCCUCAGAUGCAGGGUCGAAGCAAGCAUCGGGCGAAGACCACAAGAAACCGAUCCAAGAAAUCCUGUCAUCCAUUCGACCCUCGGAUGCUUCGUCCACAUUGCCAUCGCGAAAGACGCUGAUCAGCCUUCUCGACAAGCUCGACAGCUUCGCCGAGGAGCAGGGCGUCAGUGGAGUCCCUCAUGUAGAGGAGCUCAAAAUUGCUGCGCUGUCUCGUCUGGUAGUGGCGACGUAUGCAGCCGCUCUCGACACUCUUCUGCAAGAUGCAAGCAAACUGGAGGACGAGACGUGGUACUGGACCGACAUUGAGGAGUCGAUGCGCAAGACGGUCUCGUACUUGAUCCAGACCCUUCCUGUUCGUUUCUUCAACGUGACCAAGGAAGUUCUAGAGCUUGCUGCGGGGACAGCGACCCAUACGCUCAAGAGCACAAUCGAUUCCACAAGCGCCGAUACUCGCGGCUCUGACCUUUCUCACAAGGCGAAAAGUCUCGACAAGGGAACUGUUCGAGCUGCGUUGCGCAGCGUGCUUGACACCCCGAAUCUGGUCACCUCGAUGCUCUUCCCCUAUACCUUCCGCUUGGAGAAGAGCAUCACGCUCGAAAGCGUGCGCGAGGAGCACGAAAGCCAGCAGCGCAAGGUGGCCACGCUGCGAACGCAGCUGAGCGCAAACAGCGCGACGGGAGGUCAGCUCGAAGCUGGGGCGGAAAAGAUCAAGAAGCAGCGUGUGAAGGCGCUGCGCUCGACCAUGCUCACUCUGACACCGACCUACCUGGCUCGACACGAAGCCAAAUGCAAGCGUCGAGGCCUGGUCAACGAACGCAACCUCCUCGCCGCGAAGCUCGGCCGACUGGCUCUACAGCACGAGGCUCUGGCGGAUCAAGCCCAGCAGCUGAAUGCGACUUCCUCGGACAGUGCUCCGGCCGAGCAGAUCGUACUGGGACAUCUGAACGCCAAGCUCAAAGUCCUGGUCGAAACCUUCUCGAACAGCGAACCGACCGGCAGCAAGGACGUCAAUAUCGACAUGGACGCCAGCCUUACGCCCGAGGCAACGCUGAGCACGCUCCGACUGCUGCUGAAGGAAGGAUUCGACAAGCAGCAGGAUCGGGUGCAGAUGGUCUUGUCGCCCGAAGUGUUUGGCCAGCCUUCGGCGUUGGUGCAGCGUUGGCCGAAGCUGGUGCUGUAUCCGGUGGGACUGGUGCUUCUCGCACGCUACCUCUCCAACAACUGGAACGGCAUCGAGGCCAAGCUCAAGGAGACGAAAGAGACGGUGCGGAGCUUCCUGAUCGGCUGGGUGUGGGAGCCGUGCGUGGGCCUGCUCGACACCAUCCGACAUGGCAACGAGGGCAGCGUGAUCGUGUCGCGCGAGUCGCUCGCAUCGGACCUGCAGUCGCUCGAGAGGAUGGUGACCGACUUUACCAAGGACAAGUACGGCACGUCGGGCGCCGAGCUGCAAGCGAUUGCGUCGCGAGUUCGAGAGGGCGACCUGACGCAGGUGCUCAAGGUGUACGAGGCCGAGAUGAAGAGCCCAGUCAAGUCGAUGGUGAGCGGGUCGCUGAUCCGAUCGCUGCUGAUCCAGGUGCAGAAGGCCAAGGUGGAUAUCGAAGUCGCCAUGACGGGGAUCGACAAGCUGCUCAAGAGCCAGCAGCUGCUUUUCGGAGCCGUGGGCAUCGCACCCGCCCUGGGAAUCCUCUACGUCGGUCAGAGCUAUCUGCGCAACAAGGUCUUUAACCUCAGCGUGCAGAGGUCCGAGACGUCGGGACGCGGCUACCAGAUGCGCGCAUGGGAAGCCAUGCGUCGCGUCGACCGACUCUUGUCAUCGCCGUCGCGGGAUGCAUCGGGCGAUCGCCGAGCUGCGGGUGGCCCACUGGCCGAUCGCAAGGACGAGGGUCGAGACGACCUCACGCAGGGUUUGCUGUUGCUGGAUCUGUCGACGCUGCGUUCUGCCUCGGGUCCACUGCUCAUGUCGCUAUCGCGUGGGAAGAAAGCGGCAGCGCGCCGCUUGCAACGGCAAUUCCUCCAGGACAUCCGCGAUCUCGAGUCGGGCGAGCAUCGCGCUGUCGAGCGCAUGUGGAGGAGCUGGGGCUCGUCGGUCCUGCGCUUGCCUACAUCCUAG